GGCGGCCGGGGCGGACGGAGGGCGGGUCGGCGCCUUUGUGUGAGCCGAGCCGGGAUGGUGCGGGGCGCCGGGCGGAGCCCCUUGCCCUGCCAGUUUCUGGGUGCGAAGCACCUCCUGCUCACGCGGCUGAUGAAUGCGUGAAGAAGCAGCUGACCAGGAGAAGGACUCUUAAGCAGCUGCUAAGAUGGGCAUGAGGAUCAAGUUGCACAGCACCAAUCACCCCAACAACCUGCUGAAGGAACUCAACAAGUGCAGGCUCUCCGAGACCAUGUGUGACGUCACCAUUUUGGUGGGCACCCGCUCCUUUGCUGCACAUAAGGCUGUUCUGGCCUGCGCCGCAGGCUACUUCCAGAACCUCUUCCUUAACACGGGGCUGGAUGCUGCUAGGACCUACGUGGUGGAUUUCAUCACCCCGGCCAACUUCGAGAAGAUCCUCAGCUUUGUGUACACCUCGGAGCUCUUCACAGACCUAAUCAACGUGGGCGUCAUUUACGAGGUGGCAGAGCGGCUGGGCAUGGAAGAUCUGCUGAAGGCCUGCCAUUCCACCUUCCCUGACUUGGAGAGCUCAGCCAUCCCGAAGCAACCUUCCCUGGCCAUGAGCGAAGGCCGGUCGGGUCCCCUGAGCAGCACCUCCUCAGAGCAGAGCCACUCUUUGGGUGAAAUCCGGAGCGGCGGGGAGCAUUUUGGCCCGGAACGGAAUUACAUCUUGCACGGGGAAGUGGCAGGCAGCUACAAAGAGGACGACAGGAACACCGUGAGUGAAGCCAGCCAGCCUCUUCCCCUGAUGCAUCCGCAGCAGCCCCCCAAGACGGAACAGGAAUCGGAUCAAGGGCAGUUCGCUCCUGCCACGAGUAUGGUGACCCAGCCCAGCCUGGGCGGCGUGAACAUCGUCGUUCAAACCACUACGAGCUCCUGCCAGCAGUAUAAGGUCCAGAGCAAUGGCAGCUACGGCAAGGGCGGCUUCUUUACCGCUGAUCCUUCCCUGGACAUCUCCACGGGGAGCAACUCCUGUCCCAGCAACAGUGACCACUCCAAAGAGCAAGGUUUUGGGCAGAUGGAUGAGCUUCAGCUGGAGGAUUUGGGUGAGGACGAACUGCAUUUCGAAGAUGCCAGUGAAGAGCUGGGGCCAUCAGAAGAAGUCAUCGAGCUGAGUGACGACAGCGAAGAAGAGCUGGCCUUCGAGAAUGACAGCCGGGAUAGCAAGGCCAUGCCCUGCCAGGUGUGCAAGAAGGUCCUGGAACCCAACAUCCAGCUGAUCCGCCAGCACGCGAGAGAUCACGUUGAUCUGCUCACCGGGAACUGCAAGGUCUGCGAAACCCACUUCCAGGACCGGAACUCCAGGGUCACUCAUGUUUUGUCCCACAUCGGCAUCUUUCUCUUCUCCUGUGACAUGUGCGAGACCAAGUUCUUCACCCAGUGGCAGCUGACCCUCCACCGACGAGAAGGGGUCUUCGACAACAACAUCAUCGUCCACCCCAGCGACCCGCUGCCAGGGAAGGUCACCGUGUUUGGGGGAGGGCCUGGCUCAGAGCUGGCGUGCGCUGCCUGCGGAAAGCCUUUGGCCAAAGAUUUCCACACCGUCCGCAACCACAUCCUGGACCACGUGAACUUGAAAAGCCAGAUGUGCGGCGUGUGUGACCAGAGGCACCUCAGUCUCUGCAGCCUGAUGUGGCACACCCUGUCUCACCUGGGGGUCUCGGUCUUCUCCUGCUCCGUUUGCGCCAACAGCUUCGUGGAUCGGCACCUCCUGGAGAAGCACUUGGCCGUUCACCAGAACGUGGAGGAGGCUCUUUUCCGGUGCCACUUCUGCGGCCAGAGCUUCAAGCUGGAAGCGGCGUAUCGUUACCACGUCAGCCAGCACAAGUGCGGGGGCAGCCUGGACAUCCGGCCCAGCUUUGGAGACCGUCUCCAUCAGCAGGGCCUGCAGAAGAGGAAGCUGCCGGAGGAGUUCCUGAGCGAAGACUUGGCGCUGCAGAACCAGCCGGGCAACAGCAAGUACAGCUGCAAGGUCUGCGGCAAGAGGUUUGCCCACACCAGCGAGUUCAACUACCACCGGAGGAUCCACACCGGAGAAAAGCCCUACCAGUGCAAGGUGUGCCACAAGUUCUUCCGCGGCCGCUCCACCAUCAAGUGCCACCUGCGGACGCACUCGGGAGCCCUCAUGUACCGCUGUACUGUGUGCGGGCAUUACAGCUCCACGCUCAACCUCAUGAGCAAGCACAUAGGCGUGCACAAAGGCAGCCUCCCCCCGGACUUCACCAUCGAACAGACUUUCAUGUAUAUCAUCCAUUCCAAAGACGCAGAGAAAAACACGGACAGCUGAUGGGGCGAGGCAGGGUAGGGCCAGCGAAGGAGCAAAUGCUGAUUACAGAAGCUGUGGAAGAAGUGUCAUUUAUUUUAUUUAAUGGUCAGGCAUCAUGGAUGGAAUCCUCCUUUUCUAUUUUUUUUUUUUAAAUUUUUUUUUUUUUGGCCUUGCUAGGGCCUCUUAGAUUGGUGGCAUUGUACAAAUUAACAGCACGUAAGCUACAUCACUGUUUCCAAGAAGUCUGUCGUGUUUACUUACCUCUGGUCCUGUUAGAGGCCAUCGAGUUCUGUGUUUUUAGCAUUUCCCACUAGGUUUUGAAUCUAUAUAUUUUUUUUUUAACCUUUUAGCCCACUUGACUAGGCUAACCCUCAGUUUGAGCUUGUCCGCAAACUGAUGCUGCUAAGAUUUUUCACACCUGACCUCAGUAGAGAGGGACAGAGCCAGAGCAGGAUGGUGCUGGACUCGAAGAAAAGGAAAAAAAAAAAAAAAAAAAAAAGGAAAAAAAGAUUCGUUCUGGGCAUCACUGGGGUUCUGCUGCUAUUGCAAGGAGAUAAGCAAAGUCCGUGUCACAGAAUCAGCCUUGAAGUCUUUGCUCCGUGCCAGGGGAGAUGAGCAAGCAGCGUGUGAGCGUGCACGUGCGAACGAGGAGGGAUGCCUGGCGGUCAGCGAGCAGGAGGGGAUCGUCGCUGGCAAGGGCCGCUCCCAGGCCGUGCCGCCGGUCUCGGGAGCCCUGCCCGCGCAGGGAGCGUGGCUGGCGGUUUCUGUGCCGCGCCUGCGACGUGCCGCUUGCUCGUGCCCCGAGACGCCGUCUCCGCAGGAGGAGGUGGAGGAGUGACCGGCGAGCAGCCCGAGCAGCGGGGCGGCUGCGUGGAAGGAAAGAGGUGGCUGCGUGAGCAGAGGGAUCUCUCGGAGGAGUCGCUGACCUGGAGAGGGCGGGGGAAGCCGGUUCGUGUUGUGGGGUCGACUGCUCCUCGGGAGAUAUUUGGGGAUGGCACGGUCACGCUUAACUUCUGCCGGGCUGCAGCUGGCCCUCGAGAGCGUGCCGACGUCUCCUCAGCUCUCCUCUGCUGACGGCAGCCGUGCACGUCGUGCUCUGCCGGCGCGGCGUGUCCCGCGGCUGCUGGUUGCUGGAAGCGCUGGAUGCCAGAGCGCAGCGUGGCUGCGGCUGCGCCGAUCCCAGCAGACAAGACGCGAUGAAGCUGUUGCCUUAACUCCCAGGAAGGUACGUUUGAGAAGGGACUCCUCUCUCUGCGGAAGGGAUAGCCCCCUCCGUGGCUGCCGCCGUGGAUCACCGCAUCCCGGACGUGUCCGUGGCACGUGUGCGUUGCAGGAUGUUGGUGGUGCGAUGUGAGUUUGUUCGUCUUUCGUCGAAUCGUGCUGUCGGAGCGGAGCAGCUCCGGGAGCCGGCGGCGAUAGCAGCUGGUGAGAACCUUGGCUCGGCCUCUCCUGGACGCACGUCGGGCGCGGGCUGGGGGCCCCUCGGUGCGGUGGGCUCUCCCGGCUGCGCUGGCGAGGUCAGCCCCGUGCUGGCAGUGUUUACACCAAGAAGGGUGGGGAUCGGCUUUUUCCCAUGUUACCCUGCUGUGGGGCAGAGGUGGAGAGGAACAAAUAUUUCCGAUGCCGCAGCAUGAGUUAUGACUGCCCUUAGGUAACUCAUUCUACCUCACAAACAGGAAGCGCUCAGGGCUUUCAAGCCACGGCCGUAGUAAAUUGGCUCCUGCGCUUCUGUAAAGAUAUGCUGUUACAAAACAAAACUAGUGAUUUGCAAACCCUGUAAACUCAUCCCGCUUUCCCCUCCUCUCGAAGGGACAACCCACGGCCGAGGAGCGGCGUGGGCUGGACGUGUGGUCGGUGAGCUAGGAAUUCCCGGGGGUCGCUCCCCCCGCUCCGCUGUGGCCUUGGGCAAGUCACUUCACCUCUUUGCCUCAGUUUCCUCAUCUGUAAAAUGAGGGUGGUGACACUUGUGGUACCUACCUACCUCCCGGGAGCGCGGCAAAGAUUGCUGGCUCGUACCCGCAAAGCGUGUGGGAGAUGCAGAGUAUUUAGUGGAUAGUGUUUAGCAUCCGAGGGAAACGACAGCCUCCGUCCUUUCCUGUUCUGUGCCAGUUCCUCGACCCGGCAGGGUCGUUUUUCUCCCGUUACAGCCCUCCCCGUCAAAAGCAAACCUCCCUUUAGCCCCGUCCCUGUCGCAGUAUUCUGAAACGAGCUCUGUAGCAAUAUAAGAAGUGGGGCACGGCUCAGCGCCCACAGAGGGGCUGGGGGAAGCGGCACCGGGGAGGGGGAAGCAGGAACGCGUGUGCUGAGGGGCAGCGGCGCUGAAAUGUCCCCAGGGUUUGCAGAGCGCAUCUCCCCGUCAGCGCUGUCGGGAUUCGCAUCCUGGGGAGAGAGGGCUUGGAGGGUGUGGGGGUGUGCAGCUGCUGGCAGCCCUUCGGCUCCAUCCGUCCUUCCAUCCCCGCGGUUUGCCCGCAAAGCUGCGUUUCCACCGCGGCAGCUCCAGGCCCAGCUCCGCUGGGACGGGGGGAAGAGACGAGUCGGUGCUGAGCCGUGUCCCCGCCGGCGGUGCUGAGCCCUGCCCGGACCUAAUGACUCUUCCCAGGCAGCUCCUUCGUCCUGAGCAUGGGUCGUCCUCAGUCCCCCCCCGGACCUGCGGUACCCGCGUCCGAUCCCGCUGCAUGGAGGUGGGGUGGGAGGAACGGACCUCGCUGAGGAGGAACGAGAGGCCGUUGGGAGUUUGUGUCCUUUCCCCAAUCCCUGCAGUAUCGGCUGGGUUUGGGGCCAGGUGACCUCACCCUGGGGGUGUUAAACUGAAUUUGUCCUGAUUUUGGAGCCUGGAGCCUGUUUUCAGAAGAGAAGAGGCAUCGAAGCGAUUGCUGACCCCAGGGCUGGCCAGGCUGUGCCGCGUCUGCCGCCGGAGCUCCGGUUUCCAAACUCCGCGAUCUCGUGGUGCCGCUCGGUUGCCAGGCCGCGGUCUGUGAUCUCUGGCUGGUCUGCAGAGCCGUGUUUCGCCUAGUGUUGUUGAGUUUAAAAAAAAAAACAAAACCAACCAUGGUUUUGAGGACGCGUGGCGCUCUAGGAAAGCGUGGGAGUUGACGGCGGUUCGGCGGAGGCUCCUCUUCGAGUUACGGGGCUUCUUCGUUGUUCUGGUGGCGGCCGGAUGGGCUGGUGGACAGGAACGGAUGCGACCUGCUCUGCUCUGGAGAUUGCUAUGAAGGAUGUGAGAGGGGCAGGUGAGGCUUGGGAGAGCUGAGUCCGUAAAGCCUCGAGACCCUCCUAAAGCGUCCCAGAAGCUGUGGUGAGCUUUGGGGUGGGUUGGGGUGCUGCCGCGCGGUAGCGUCUGCAGCCCCGUAUCUAGCUAAGCUGUGAAGCAAAAGCCUUUUGUGCACAUAAACCAAAAAGAGAAGCUUUUACACUGAAACACUAACGGGCAAGGCAAGCCCACCCCACCCUUCUGAGCACAGGGACGGGAAGGCAAAAGCCCACCCCGUUUUCUGCCGGUUGGUUUUGGUGGUGGGGACGGGGAGGGGGGAGCGCUUGGGUCCCUGGCAUUUCUGUGUCUUGGAUUCUUUCCCGUGUCGCAGUGAGUCAUUCCCACGUGAAACAUCCCGAGAUCAGCGGCGAGUCCUGUCUGCGGAGGGGGUGCAGGGACGGAUCCUGACCUGCAGUGCUCCCGUGCCGUGCCGGCCUCGCACCGCGUGGCUGUCCCCAGGCCCGGCCAGGAGCUCCACGUUCCUCCAGAACGCUGUGCGGAUGGAGCCGUGGGGCUCGUCCCAAGUCCCCCCCCGAGGCUGCGUUGCCCCAAGGAGCCGUAGCUCCAACCCGGCUGCGUCGCGGUGGAGGCACCCGGUGAUGGCAGGGGGUCCCGGCCGGCAGCGCGGGGCCGUGUGUGUGCCGGGGGUGCAGCCGUGCACGGCUCCGCAGUGGAGGCCAAGCGCCGUUCGCAGCGGUGGGGGAGCCGGGCUGGGAACCCCGUGCCUGGAUCCGUUCCUCGUUCCGACUCGUGGCGUGGGCUUUGGCGAGCCUGCUCGCCUCCUGGCCUCGCUUCCCCUGCCGCGAACGCGGGGACGACACUUACCUACCUCGCCUGGGGCGGCCGUGAGGUUUAACUCGUGUUUGCAAAGUGCUUUGGGAUCCUCGGGGUGCCAGAGGGGAAUGCACGGGGGAGAUGCUUCGCCGUGAGCUGUGCCGGCAGCGUUGGCGGAGAGCGGCCGGGUCGCGGGUGCUCGUGCAAAACCCUGACCCAAAAUCCCCGUCCAAAAGGCAGAGCUUCGAGACUGGUCUUACUCCGACUUCUAAACCGUAAAGUUCAGUUUUAUUCUCCCCUUUCUCAAAGGAUCCAGGUCUCUUAACAGAAUAAUUAAGCAGAAGAAAAAGAGUUGAAUUGCUGUCUAACCUUUUUGUUAAGUUAAUAGUAGGUACUGACCUCCUGAUAUUUAAGUGUUUACUAUCUAUUUGCUGUAAAGUUUUGUAUAUUUUGUAAACUUUCCCCCCAAAUAGUAGAUGUCUAAAAUCGUUGUACAUCGGGUUCUUUUAUACUCCAUUGUUCAGCACAAAGUGUGGUUUUUAUUUAGAAUAAUAAAAUGGAAAAUGUU